UGAAGAUGGGCGGAGAAGGUGAUAGCAAAAAAUAAGUACCUCUGUCACAUCAUACCGCUAACCAAAUACGGACUGGUGGCCAAGAGACCUGACCUCGGAAAGCUAUCGUCGGUCCUUACGACGGACUUCAAUGUCAAAGCAAAAGGGAGCUUCAUACCUCGAAUGAUUUUCUGCGUCCCUUUUAAAGGGUAACAAGGCAUGGGCUCAAAUAUCCUGAAGCCAUUUAUUCGACCAUCUGCAAACUUGACAUUGUCUCCAAGACGAUUCUAUUAUUCGCAACUCAUACCGCAGCUUGUUUGUCGACGCCGAAAAAUGGCUACUGCUCCCUUGUCUCAACCACGAACAUUUCCGACAACAGGUUUCAGCGUUCUGGAUUCAUCUAGAGAUUUCGAAGAAGAAACUUUGCCAGGUUAUCUGAAAGAACGCUACUACCCAGUCCGCAUUGGCGAAAUCUUUCGAUCUCGCUAUCAGGUUGUGACAAAAUUGGGCUUUGGUUCAUCAUCGACUGUAUGGCUAUGUCGAGAUCUACAUGAUGGACAGUUUCUGGUCUUAAAAGUUCAUGUUCGUACAGUGCGGCAACCGUCAGAAGUGCAGAUAUCGACCCAUUUGAAGGCGGCUCACAAUGCUCGUGGCAUUGAAAGAUAUGUACGACUUGUUCUUGACUCAUUCCAAAUUUCUGGACCACAUGGAAUUCAUCCGUGUUUUAUCUAUGAGCCUGCUGGAAUUGAUAUUCGUGACUAUAUACAUUGCCUUGAAGGUGAUGCUUUAACAGAGGAACUUCUUCGGCCCGCUCUUCGAUUUGUACUCAUUGCUUUAAAUUACCUCCAUCAGUCUGAAGUCAUCCAUACCGAUGUCCAGCCAAAUAAUAUUCUUCUAGGCAUAGAGGAUAAAACGGUUCUAGCUUACAUGGAGGAAGACGAGAUUACUAACCCGGCACCUCGAAAACUUCUUGAUGAUCGCACAAUUUAUGCUACACGUGCUAUGCCUCUGACGAGCGGGGAGCCGAUACUUGCCGAUCUUGGAGAAGCGCGACUGGCUGAGGAGAGACAAACUGGCCUCAUAAUGCCAGAAGUGUACAGAGCACCAGAAGUUAUGCUUGAUAUGGAAUGGGACAACAAAGUAGACAUUUGGGCAAUAGGUCAGACUGCAUGGACUUUGUUUGAACAAGGACACCUCUUUAGGAGCCAGAAUCUGGACACUCAAAGCGGCCAAGCUCGACGUUUCGCGGAAAUGGUUUCUCUUCUGGGACCACCUCCUGUCGAAUUCCUCAGGCGAAGUAAGCAAAGCCUUGAAUUCUGGGAUGAGGAAGGCAAUUGGAAAGAUGUGGAAAAUAUUCCUCAACAGUCUCUAGAAAGUCGUGAGUCUCGACUUGAAGGCGAUAGUCAGAGGCUCUUCCUCGGAUUUCUGCGAAAAACGUUGUGUUGGUUGCCCGAAGAGAGGCCAACUGCGGAACAACUGUUAUUGGAUCAGUGGAUAAGAGGAGAAGAUUAUUGAAAAUGAUUAGUAGAUAUUGAUGUCUUCAGCUGUUAGUUCUCAAUUAUCCUUCAUACAUUCAAUAAAAGAGAUCAGCAUAA